AUGGCAGACGCAGACUGUCUUCCUGAUGGCCCCCACUUCUCGCAGACGUUCUACAACACCGUCGGCGCGGUCAUCGGCAACGUUGCCGGUCUCUUAGGUGUGUACAUGUUCUCGCGCGUCUUCUCGAAGCAGAGCUACCGUGUAACGUUGAUUAUCACCACGCUGGUCCAGGUUUUUGCAAGCGUGUUUGACGUCAUUUUAAACGACAGGGGCGGGCUGCUACCUGGGGGUCCGGCCUGCCCGAGAACGUGGUAUAUCCACCCAGGGAAGCCCCCGCACAUCAGCCAAAUGGCCUGGUCCGCCGUAUCAGAAGGUACGCGGGCAGUACACCGGCGGUGGCUGUACGAGCUGCGCGCACUACCGGCCGACCUACUGAGCAGGCGCAAUUUGGCUGCGGCAGUGGUAGAGUUUGUACGCCGCAUCGCGGUGACAAGACAAUGGAAAUGGUCGACCACCGCGAAGGCCCUGGCGUCCGUCAGUGGUGCGCUGCAACAACUGCCCCUCUACACCAAUCAACGCGAACCGAUACAUCUCAACCGCUACCCGGAAUGGCAGAAGACAGUGGCCGCCGCGCAGCGUUUCGACCGGGAGAGUGUCGCGGCUCCGCCGUCCCCUAUCACUCAGGAACAAAAGGACGCGGCGCAACGGAACUCACUACGGCAGCGCGAUCAGGAAGCUUCUCUGUUCCUCGAAAUGAUGUGGGCAUUUGCGGCUCGCGCGGGCGAUUUACGGACUCUGCAGUGCAGGGAUGUACGCUUCACGGGGGAGGAACCGCCACCAUUUGUGGACGGAGGUGUGACAAUAUGGCCAGAUCGGUAUGGCGUAGUCCUGACAAUGAGACGCGGCAAAGGGGCACGGUUCCGAGGGCCGUAUUCUGUUCCGUCAACCCUGCCGCGCGAAUCGGCGCUGAUUCUCGCGCACCUCCUCCGCAGCCGGCGACCUACGCAGCACCUGUUUGCUCGACCGACCGAAAUCACCGACACCAUCCGCACGGCCCUGCGCCGCGAGAACCCUUUGGCAGCACUACCGUCAGUACGCAAGGGCGCGCUACGCUGCAUGGCGGCGAACGGAAUGGCAGAGCACGAACUGAUGAUCAUGUCAGGUCACCGACGCGCCGACACACUCCACAGGUACCUGGGCUAUGGCCACCAACUCACGACGGAGGCCGCAACCGCGCAGGCCAACGCCAGCGCGGCCCUUUACGAACUGAACAGUUCGGCCUAA